AUGUUGUUGGUGUUGCUGAGCCUGGCUGCAAUGUGCUGGAGCGCCCUGCCCCGAGAGCCGACUAUUCAGUGUGGCUCUGAGACUGGGCCAUCUCCAGAGUGGAUGGUCCAACACACUCUCACCCCAGGGGACUUGAGGGACCUCCAAGUGGAACUUGUUAAAAAAAGUGUUACACCAGAGGAUUUUUCAAUUUUGAUGAACAUAAGCUGGAUACUCCGGGCAGACGCCAGCAUCCGCCUGUUGAAGGCUACUAAGAUCUGUGUGACUGGCAAAAGCAACAUGGACUCGUACGACUGUGUGAGGUGCAACUACACAGAGGCCUUCCAAAGUCAGACCAGACCUUCUGGAGGGAAAUGGACCUUCUCCUAUGUAGGUUUUCCAGUGCAGCUGAGCACACUCUAUUUCAUUGGGGCCCAUAACAUCCCCAAUGCUAAUAUGAAUGAGGACAGCCCUUCUUUGUCUGUGAACUUCACCUCUCCAGGCUGCCUGAACCAUGUAAUGAAAUAUAAAAAGCAGUGCGUUGAGACAGGAAGCCUGUGGGACCCAAACAUCACUGCUUGUAAGAAGAAUGAGGAGACGGUUGAAGUGAAGUUUACAACCAAUCCCCUUGUAAAUAAAUACUCGGUUCUCAUUCUACAGGACAUGCCAUUGGGUUAUGCUCAAGUGCUAGAGAAUAAGCUGACACGGACGUCUGUAGCCAUUCAGGUGAACGGGGAAAGUGAAGGUGCCAUGGUCCACCUGACUCCAUUUUUCCCAGCCUGUGGCUCUGACUGCAUCCGACGUGAAGGAAAAGUUGUGCUUUGUCCAGAGAGAAGUGCUACAGAUAACAACAGAAGCAUGCUGGGAGGCUGGCUGCCACUCAUCCUGGUGCUGUUGGUGGCUACAUGGGUGCUGGCACUUGGGAUCUACCUAACUUGGAAGCAAGGAAGGAGCACGAAGACUUCCUUUCCUACUACCAACAUGCUCCUGCCCCUCAUCAAGGUCCUGGUGGUUUAUCCAUCUGACAUAUGCUUCCAUCACACAGUCUGCCGCUUCACUGACUUUCUUCAAAAUCACUGCAGAAGUGAGGUCAUCCUUGAAAAAUGGCAGAAGAAGAAAAUAGCAGAGAUGGGUCCAGUGCAGUGGCUUACCACUCAGAAGCAAGCAGCAGACAAAGUGAUCUUCCUUCUUUCCAGUGAUGUCCACAGUCUUUGUGACAGUGCCUGUGGCCAGAACGAGGGCAGCACCAGGGAGAACUCUCAGGACCUGUUCCCUCUUGCCUUUAACCUUUUUUGUAGUGAUUUCAGCACCCAGGCUCAUCUGCACAAAUACCUGGUGGUCUAUCUUGGGGGAGCUGACAUCAAGGGUGACUAUAAUGCUCUUAGUGUCUGCCCCCAGUAUCGUCUCAUGAAGGAUGCCACUGCUUUUCACACAGAACUUCUCAAAGCUACACAAAACAUGUCAAGAAAGAAACGGUCACAACCCUGCCCUGGCAGCUGUUCCCUGUUGUAG